AACGCUUGUACUCCUAUUGGACUUAGUAAAAAAAAAGUACACUUUAACGGAAAAACCGCACUUUAUAUUCAAAAAAAAUGUAAUCCAAAGAAACGCGUAAAACGGUGUCGUGUAAUAGUAGAGUAGCUUGCUUAAUCUCUCACAUGAACAAUGUAAUAAAACCCACUGGAAGCAGCAACUUCCCAGUUCACACUUCCGUGUGAACCUUACUCUCACAAAUACCAAUUUUUUUUUUAUUUUUUUUUCAAACUUUGCUAAUUCACAUUUUUUAUACUCCCUUUUUAAUUUAAUUUAUUGGGAAGAGAAAAUUAUUUUCAUUUUUUCUCUAUUUUUUUUGGUUUAAUAUAAUCUGGGUUUUUUAGAAACUUUUGCAUAAAUCUAAAUUUUCCAUAUUAGCUUUGCUAUUUGCAAUAAUUAUUACAACUCUUAUUGCAUUUUUCUUACAAUCUGUUAUCUCUUCUCUUUUUGGUUGAGCAAGAACAGCAUGUUACUGCUAUUUUUCGCCAUUGAUUUGAAUUUGAAGCUUCUUUACUAAGAUCCCAUUAAAGAUCUCUUCCUUUAUGCUCAAAGUGGUAUAUACAAAUGGCAUCUAAAUCUUUUAAGCAAAGUCGCUCGAAUCUAUCAGCGAGCACUGAUGCAUCUGAGUUGCAGCAACUCAGACCUCCCCUUCCUCCAACUGUAAGCUUUGGUCGACGCUCCUCUGGUCGCUAUACUAACCGUUCGAGGGAUGAUCUUGAUAGUGAACUUUCGAGUUCAGAAUAUGCACAGUAUACUGUGCAGAUACCUCAAACGCCUGAUAACCAGCCAAUGGACCACACCAUUUCACAAAGGGUUGAGGAGCAAUAUGUUUCCAACUCUCUUUUUACUGGAGGGUUUAAUAGUGUUACAAGAGCUCAUCUCAUGGACAAGGUUUUUGAUUCUGAAGCUAGCCACCCACAGAUGGCUGGUGCCAAGGGAUCCUCUUGUGCGAUCCCUGGAUGCGAUGGGAAUGUGAUGAGUGAUGAGAGGGGUGAGGAUAUUCUUCCUUGUGAAUGUGAUUUCAAGAUAUGUCGUGACUGCUACAUUGAUGCAGUCAAGUCUGGGAACUCAUUGUGUCCUGGUUGUAAGGAACCUUACAAGAAUACUGAAUUGGAUGCGGCAACUGGUGAAAGACCGCUCCCACUUCCACCUGCAGGCGGAAUGAACAAGAUGGAGCGGAGAUUGUCGUUAAUGAAAUCGACAAAGUCGGUGUUGAUGAGAAGUCAGACUGCAGAAUUUGAUCACAGUCGGUGGUUAUUUGAAACAAAGGGGACAUAUGGUUAUGGAAAUGCUAUUUGGCCAAAAGAGGGAGCUCCUAGUGAUGGUAAUGGAGAGGAUGGAGAAGUGCAAGAUCCUCAGGAAUUGAUGAACAAACCUUGGAGGCCACUUACUCGGAAAGUGAAGAUUCCUGCUGCUGUUCUCAGUCCUUAUCGGUUGCUCAUUUUUGUGCGAAUGGUUGUUCUCGGUUUCUUCCUUGCAUGGAGAGUCAAACAUAAAAAUGAAGAUGCAUUAUGGCUGUGGGGCAUGUCUGUGGUCUGUGAGAUUUGGUUUGCCUUCUCUUGGCUUCUUGAUCAGAUGCCAAAACUCUGCCCCAUAAAUCGUGCUACAGAUCUUAAUGUUCUGAAAGAGAAGUUUGAGACACCUAGUUCUAACAAUCCAACUGGAAGAUCAGAUCUCCCUGGAAUAGAUAUUUUUGUGUCUACUGCAGAUCCAGAAAAAGAGCCUCCUCUUGUCACUGCCAACACUAUUUUGUCUAUCCUAGCUGCUGAUUAUCCUGUCGAAAAGCUGUCUUGCUAUGUUUCUGAUGAUGGUGGUGCCCUUCUUACCUUUGAGGCCAUGGCUGAAGCUGCAAGCUUUGCCCAUAUGUGGGUCCCUUUUUGCCGUAAGCAUAAUAUUGAGCCAAGGAAUCCUGAUUCUUACUUUAGUCUGAAGAAGGAUCCAUACAAGAAUAAAGUUCGCCAAGACUUUGUUAAAGACCGUAGGCGUGUAAAAAGAGAAUAUGAUGAAUUCAAGGUUCGGAUCAAUGGUUUGCCCGAGUCUAUUCGACGGCGAUCUGAUGCUUACCAUGCCAGGGAAGAAAUCAAAGCCCUUAAACUUCAGAGACAAAAUCCAACCGAUGAACCUUUUGAGGUUGUUAAAAUUCCGAAAGCUACUUGGAUGGCUGAUGGAACUCACUGGCCUGGUACUUGGAAUCAUCCUUCUCCUGAACACUCAAAGGGAGAUCAUGCAGGAAUCAUACAGGUUAUGCUCAAGCCUCCGAGUGAAGAACCACUUUUAGGUGUUCCUGAUGAUUCCAAGCUUCUUGACCUUACAGAAGUUGACAUCCGCCUUCCCCUGCUGGUUUAUGUGUCACGUGAGAAGCGCCCUGGUUAUGAUCACAACAAAAAGGCUGGAGCCAUGAAUGCAUUGGUGAGAGCAUCUGCAAUCAUGUCUAAUGGUCCCUUCAUUCUCAACCUGGAUUGUGACCAUUAUAUUUACUAUGCCCAAGCAAUGAGAGAAGGCAUGUGUUUCAUGAUGGACCGUGGUGGGGAUCGCAUAUGUUAUGUACAGUUCCCUCAAAGGUUUGAGGGUAUUGACCCCUCUGAUCGGUAUGCCAACAAUAACACAGUUUUCUUUGACGUCAAUAUGCGAGCCCUUGAUGGGCUUCAAGGCCCAGUCUAUGUCGGAACUGGUUGUCUAUUCAGAAGAAUGGCCCUUUAUGGCUUUGAUCCACCUCGUGCAAAAGACCGUGCUCCUAGUGUCUGGGAUUGCUGCUUUCGACGUAGCAAAAAACGCGCUGCAGCUGAAGAGAACCGAGCUCUGAGAAUGGGUGACGACUCUGACGAUGAAGAAAUGCCUCUUGCCACAUUUCCUAAGAAAUUCGGCAACUCUAGGUUCCUUAUUGAUUCAAUCCCUGUGGCAGAGUACCAAGGCCGUCCGCUGGCUGAUCACCCUGCAGUCAAGAAUGGAAGGCCACCUGGCGCUCUCACAAUCGGCCGUGAGUUGCUUGAUGCAAACACUGUUGCCGAGGCAAUCAAUUCCAUUUCUUGCUGGUAUGAGGACAAGACAGAAUGGGGGCAGCGUGUGGGUUGGAUCUAUGGUUCUGUUACAGAGGAUGUGGUCACUGGUUAUAGGAUGCACAACAGAGGUUGGAAGUCUGUGUACUGUGUCACCAAACGAGAUGCUUUCCGAGGGACUGCUCCAAUCAAUCUAACUGAUCGUCUCCAUCAGGUUCUUCGGUGGGCUACUGGCUCGGUUGAAAUCUUCUUCUCCCGCAAUAACGCCCUUCUUGCCAGCCCAAAGAUGAAAAUAUUGCAAAGGAUUGCAUACCUUAAUGUGGGUAUCUAUCCUUUCACCUCUAUUUUCCUAAUUGUAUACUGCUUCCUACCUGCACUCUCUCUCUUCUCCGGCCAGUUUAUCGUACAAACCCUGAAUGUCACUUUCCUCACCUAUCUACUAAUCAUUACUUUAACUCUCUGUCUGCUUGCUAUCCUUGAGAUCAAAUGGUCAGGCAUUCAGUUGGAGGAAUGGUGGCGAAAUGAACAGUUUUGGUUGAUUGGAGGGACAAGUGCUCAUCUUGCAGCAGUGCUCCAAGGCUUGCUGAAAGUGGUAGCGGGAAUUGAAAUCUCUUUUACCUUGACUUCUAAAUCUUCCGGUGAUGAGAACGAUGAUGAAUUUGCUGAUCUUUACAUCGUGAAAUGGACAUCUUUGAUGAUUCCACCUAUUCUGAUCAUGAUGCUUAAUUUGAUAGCAAUAGCAGUUGGGUUUAGCCGUACAAUCUACAGUACUAUACCCCAGUGGAGUAAGCUGAUAGGUGGGGUUUUCUUCAGUGUCUGGGUGUUGGCACAUCUGUACCCUUUUGCUAAAGGUCUGAUGGGAAGAAGAGGGAGGACACCUACUAUUGUUUUCGUAUGGUCGGGACUACUUGCUAUUACGAUUUCUCUCCUCUGGGUUGCUAUCAAACCUCCAUCAGAUACUGACCAAAUCGGAGGCUCAUUUCAGUUCCCUUAGAAGACAAGAUACCAAGCAACGUAACCUUCUUGAUGCCCAACACCCGGUUAUUAGCAAAAGCUGUGAUACCUGAAAAUGAUGUGCUUAACUUCUUGCUCAGGCACUCGAUACCAGCCACAUUGAGGUUUGACUACUUAAUCCGCUUCCCAACAGGGUCGAUGCUUCCUUCAUCAGAGCUCGAGUUUAUGCUUAAAGUCUCGAAUAAUGGGCGUAAGAGCUUCUUCCUUAACAAUGUUAAGAUAAUAAGCCCUGACCUCUGUGUUGCUGGAUCUUCAAUCAGGUGUCAUGGUAUAGAUGGGGUGUUGCAGGAUAUCAACAAAACACCUUCACUGCCUAAUUCUUCCUCUCCACCCUCGCUAGUGGUGGCUCCCCCUCCGUCCCUUUCACCUCCGACGACAGGUUUCAGUGGUUUUGAUAUGGCUCCUGCAGCCACCCCGCAACCCGCUGGUUCAAAUUCCAUCCCACACAAAUCCGGAUCUUCUCGUUUGGACUCCGGCCCGCGUCUAAUCGGGUAUUUGUCAAGCUGGGUUCUGAUGUCAAUAGUAUGGUGGAAUCUUUUAUAAACUAUUUAGGUGGUUUAAGUUUAGCUAUUGUAGGAUUAUUUCAUAUGAUGAUUCACUUGUCCACAUUAUGUUGCUGUUGAGAAGCUAUUAUCUUUCUAUAAUUUCCCAAUAUUUUUGGGAUUUAUUAAUUGCAUUAUAUUUAUAGCAAGAUAUAAUCAAUAUGAUGUGUACCAUUUGUCAUUUACCCAUUUCUAAUCAUACCAUUGCAUAUGCUAUU